AUGGCGAGAUCAUAUCAAAAUUUACUGCUGUUAUCCUUAUACGCUGUAGUUAUCGUCUCUUCUUUGUCGCCUCUAUCACGCGGCGCUAAGAAGCCAGUCGGGGUGGCGAGGAAAGAAGAUAUCCCAUACAUCAAAUGCCAAGUCUGUGAGAAGUUGGCCUCCCAAUUGAACCUCCAAGUUCAAGCUAAACAAGCUGAGAUUUCGCCUAGAAAGAUAUCGGAGUAUCAAAUAAUAGAAAUUGCGGAGAAUGUUUGUAAUCUGAAGAAAAAAGAAGCUGAUUGGAUCCUCAAAAUCGAUAUCGUGGAGCAAGGUGAUAAGUUAAAGCUUGUCGAGCAAGAUUCGGAAGGACAGUGUAAUUCAGAGUGCAAAACAGUAGAGCGGGCAUGUCAAGAGGUGAGAUUAGUACAAAAAAUACUUCUGUCUACCGCUAUAGAUUAA